AUGGCACCCAAGAACAAAGCAAAGGCCGCAGGAGUCAGCACCAGCUCGUUCUUCGACCUCAAAGCAGAACUCGCGAAGCAAGAAGAGGAGUUCGCCAAGAACAAGGCGGCGGGGAAGGCUACCGCGGUCGUGGGCGGGGUGAAGCGGCCGGACAAGAAACCGACAGUAUGGGCGCGACAGAAUACAGGCGUGAAGGCGCGAGCGGCGCGCGACAUCGAGCUGGAGGAGAUCAGCAGGCCGACGCUCGAGUCUGCGCGGGCGGUGCUCGAGAGGAAGGCACUCGUGUACGAGAAGCUGCGCAAAGGGAAGAGCGGUGGUCUGUCGGAUAAGCAGUACGAGGCUUUGUUGGUCGACUUUGACCAGAAGGCGAUGGACCAUUAUGAGUCAGAUAGCGACGAUGUCGACGAGUCACUGACUGUACCCAGACCUGAGGGGCAAGAGGAUGAUCCAAUCAUUGAGUACGAAGACGAAUUUGGUCGAUUACGAAGUGGCCGACGCUCCGAAAUCCCGCGUCACCUAUUGCAACAGGAGGAGGCGCAGACAGAGAAAGACGAUGACCCCUACGUGAUAUACAACCCCGUCAACCACUUCCCCGUGUACGAACCCUCCGAGGACCGGGUCGCCGCGAUCGAGUCUGCCUUCGCGGAAGAGAACAACCCGCUCAACGUGCACUACGACGCCUCAGGCGAGGUGCGCGCGAAGGGCGCGGGCUUCUACCAGUUCUCCGCGGACGAAGAAACGCGCCGCAGGCAGAUGGAGGAAUUGCGCGCCGCGCGCGAGGAGACGGACCGGACGAGGCAGGAGACGGGCGCGGCGGACGCUCAGCCGGGCGAGGUAGAGGGGAUGCGUGGGAGCGCGGGAGAGGCUAGCGAACCGGCGGGCGUGGUGAAGAGUAGGGCGAUGGAGAAGCGGAAGAGGGAGUUGGAGGAGAGGAGGAAGAUGCUGGAUGCGAAAAGACGGAAGGUGGCGGGGGGUGGAUCGGCUGCCCCGAAGGCUGAGGCACCGCCCGCCGCUGCUGAGAAUGCUGCUAUGAAGCCGAAGGCAACGGAGGCUAUCGCUUCUGCUGAUCCCUUUGCAGCUCUUGAAGUUCAACAAUCGCGGACAUCCGCGAAGCACAAGGUGAAGGGUAAGGCACAAACCGAUCCGAUGAAUGCGGCCGACGCCUUCCUCGCCCAACUCGAGCAAGAGGUACUGAAAGGUGCAAAGGAAUAA